AUGGAUUGUCCGCCGCAAUCCCCUGGCGUCAAUCCGAUCGAAUUAUUAUGGGAUGAGCUCGACCGGCAGGUGAAAAAUGUGCACGUGACCAUCGAAAAACAGUUGUUCGACAGACUAAAUGUGGCUUGGGACAAUAUCGCAACUGAAUCACUCCAAAAAUUGGUCAGAUGUCUUCCAAGAAUAUGGGAUGCAAUCAUCAAGGCAUGA